UGGCAGACACGGCCACACCUCACGGCUCUGGGGGAAGCCACAGACCUCAGCUGUACAAGCUGAGCCUGGACUAAAGGAACUUUCCGCGGGACUCGGGACAAACAGCCGCACCGACACGACUGUCUGAGAGCCUGAGUCCCAGACGAGCGCCGGCGGCGGCAGGUACUCCGGGCCCCCGCGGCAGGGCCUGAGCAGUGCAGCUGCGGCGGCGGCGGCGGCGGCGGCGGCGGCGGGAGGGUCCCGGGCAGCCGAGGUUUUGCCAGUGCGCGCGCACCAGCCGCCUCCCCUCCGCCCCUCGCUGCCGGCCUCGGGCAUCCACGGCCGGUGGUCCAGCCGCCCGCCACGGCCCUGAACAUGGCCGCAAGCCCCGCUGCCCCCCUGGCCUGGGCGCUGCUACUCCUCUCGUGGGCUCUGCUCCGCGGCGGCUGCCGGGCGCGCUUCGCUGCCCAGCCGGACUCCGAAGACGACGAAGGGGAGGCGGUAGUAUUCUCCGAGUCCCCCCUGCAGAGACCCACGGUGAUGGUGGCCGUCCUCGCGCGUAACGCUGCGCACACGCUGCCUCACUUCCUCGGCUGCCUGGAGCGGCUAGACUACCCCAAGAGCAGGAUGGCCAUCUGGGCAGCCACUGAUCACAAUGUGGAUAAUACAACAGAAAUACUCAGGGAGUGGUUGAAAAAUGUCCAGAGAGCCUAUCACUAUGUGGAGUGGAGGCCUAUGGAUGAACCUGAGUCUUAUCCUGAUGAAAUUGGACCAAAGCACUGGCCUGGCUCCCGUUUUGCCCAUGUGAUGAAACUACGACAGGCAGCCCUUCGAACUGCGAGGGAAAAAUGGUCAGACUACAUUUUGUUCAUAGAUGUUGACAACUUCCUGACUAAUCCACAGACCCUCAAUCUACUGAUUGCAGAAAACAAAACCGUUGUGGCCCCCAUGCUGGAGUCUCGGGGCCUGUACUCUAAUUUCUGGUGCGGAAUCACACCUCAGGGCUUCUAUAAACGGACCCCAGACUAUCUUCAGAUUAGAGAAUGGAAGAGGUUGGGCUGUUUUCCGGUCCCCAUGGUCCACUCCACAUUCCUAAUUGACCUCAGGAAGGAAGCCUCUGACAAGCUGAUGUUCUACCCCCCGCACCAGGACUACACCUGGACCUUUGAUGACAUCAUCGUCUUUGCCUUCUCCAGCAGGCAAGCAGUUGACCAUCCUCCAAUGGAACCUUCCCAGUUCGUCUCAGUUGUCCCUAAAUAUCCAGACAAGAUGGGAUUCAAUGAGAUUUUCAUGAUAAACCUGAAGCGUAGAAAGGACAGGCGGGACCGGAUGUUACGUACCCUGUACGAGCAGGAGAUUGAAGUCAAGAUUGUCGAGGCUGUGGAUGGAAAGGCACUCAACACAAGCCAGCUGAAGGCCCUGAAUAUUGAAAUGCUGCCAGGAUAUCGAGAUCCCUACUCCUCCAGGCCUCUAACUAGGGGUGAAAUUGGCUGCUUCCUUAGCCACUACUCUGUCUGGAAAGAGGUAAUUGACCGAGAGCUGGAGAAGACUCUUGUUAUUGAGGAUGAUGUGCGUUUUGAACAUCAGUUUAAGAAGAAGCUCACGAAGCUGAUGGAUGAUAUUGAUCGAGUCCAGCUGGAUUGGGAACUGAUUUAUAUUGGCAGGAAGAGGAUGCAACUAAAAGAGCCAGAGAAAGCUGUGCCCAAUGUGGUAAAUCUGGUCGAAGCUGACUAUUCUUACUGGACUCUGGGCUAUGUCAUCUCUCUGGAAGGAGCACAGAAGCUUGUUGGAGCCAAUCCUUUUGGGAAGAUGCUACCAGUGGAUGAGUUUCUGCCAAUCAUGUACAACAAGCAUCCUGUUGCUGAGUACAUGGAGCAUUACGAAUCCAGGGACUUGAAAGCCUUCUCUGCAGAACCCUUGCUCAUCUACCCAACACACUACACAGGCCAGCCAGGGUAUCUGAGUGACACGGAGACCUCAACCAUCUGGGACAAUGAGACAGUGGCCACUGACUGGGACAGGACACAUGCCUGGAAGUCCAGGAAGCAAGGUCACAUCUACCGCAAUGCCAAGAACACAGAGGCCCUGCCACCGCCAACCUCCCUGGACACUGUGCCUUCGAGAGAUGAGUUAUGAGGGCUCCAUGGGGGGUUUACUGCCCUUUGGUUUUCCUAAUGGGCUGUUGAUGUGUUUGUUCCAGUUUCUUUUCAUGGUCACGAUCAUCUAACCAAAGUGGUCUAAUGUGAUUGAUCAAAAUUAGUAUAUUUUGACAGGGGAAGAGAAUAGGGAAACUAAACCCAAAUUUCCUAGAUGGCUAGAAAAUAGGCUUUAUGGCAACCAUUAAGAUGAACUUCAAUCCAGACACCUUGUCCCUCAGUUCAUUACCCAUAUGAUACUGGUUCUCACAUUGAGGUUGAACAGCAUGGCUCAGAGAUUCGUUCAAGGGAAAGGUGAUCACCACACUAUCACGUCAAUAAAUGGGUAGGCCUGGCAGCCAAGUCAACUGGACCACAUCUGUUGGUCUAGUGGGCCCAUUUUAUGUCAUAGAUGUGACCUUGAAAACUUGAGUAUGUUCCAAGUUCGGGGUGUGGGGGAGGGGGAAUCAGAUCAUUUAAAAUCGAAUUAAUUGGGCUUUUUCUUUAAAGGCAUUUGCCGUGAGCCUUAUUACAAAGUGACUUUUUCAUCUUAGUCCCCGUUAUCCAACAGGGAUGGGUAUUUGGGUCUGUGUGUGACUUGGCAUUUGACUAUCAUGGCCAUUGAAGCUCCCAUGAAGAGGUGUCCAUUUUGCCAUGAGCAUAUAGUUUCAUAGAUAUUUGAGGGUUUGUGUAGCUAUUUGAGGAAAGCACUCAAACUUUGGCUUUCUUUAUUAUGGUCGCUUGAGUUGGGAUGCUCUAUUUAUGAAGAUAAAUUUAAUAUAUAAGGGGCUGGGACUGGUGUGUAAUUGCUGUCCCGGGGGGUUCAUGUGCUGCCCCAGCACGUCAGACUGUCCUCUCCACCCUGAGCCUGGGAGUGAGUUGCAGGUGUGAGUUUUAUGAGUCACUGUUAAGAGGCAGAGCACAUCUUUAGGCCAGAAACUGUCCUUGCCUGGGAUUUUCAUUCUAUUUUGAAUUAUUUAUUUUACAAAAUGUGGGGGAAAUGUCUGUAGGAUAAGGCAGAGAAACAUAUGUGUUAGGCUUUUAUUGCCCCCUGGGAAGUGGUGAGUGUAGACACAUUGGUUCCAGAAUCUGGUUCUUCUGCAUUUCCCAGCCUGACUCUUACAAGGAGGCCUGUUGAGUGGGAGAUUCUAACCUUCUGGAAACAAAUGAUUCUCCACCUCAGGCGAGAGACCUUGGUUAGAAACAAUGGACUGAUCAACUGAUUUAGACCAACAACCAGGGAAGCCUUGGAGUCAGGAUCCUGGGCAGACCACCUCUCUGCUUUCUUCAUAAAUGGAUUUUAUGUAAAAUGCAGAGUUGGACUACAUCAUCUGUUUCAGCUCCACAAUCUGUGAUCCUUGGAUAUCUCAUGAUGGUUUGUUUUAGGUUUCUGUUCUCAUGCCUGCAAGCAGUAAAACUUGGUCUCCAGAAAUCCCCUCCCCAAGCAUCCUGUCCACACACGCUCCUCUCUCCGUGUCCUGGGUGUUGACUCUGAGCUUCAUGCUUUGGAGCAGAACCCGUUGGUGGCCUUGCUGGGUGCACCAAGCUUCCUGCUCCCCAUGAGGGCCCCAGGCUGCAGGACAACCCGGCAGCUUCCUUCCACAGAACACCAACCUUGGCCUUCCCUCUUGACUUAGGGUUGGUUCUUCUGCAUUGACCAAUAAGCCAGGAGACUGAGGGAAGGGAUCUCAGCUGCCUGAUUUUUACUGCUUAGACAUAGCUAUCAGAGCUUGACUCUUUGUCUAGAAAAACAGAGCAUCUGGGGAGCUAGUGAAAAACCCUUAGGCGAUUCCUAAGGUUUCCUUGGGUAUGCUGUACUUCGUUUGCGUAUUUGAGUGUGUGCAGAUGUGCGUGAAUUUCAUGUUUUGUUUUUUUUUAAAGGGGUGGGUGGAGGCUGAGGUAUUGGGAGUAGAGGAAGAUUUAAUUAAUUUUUGUGUGGUUAUGUUUCAUAGAGAACAUUGGUGGUUUUUUUUUUUUUCUUUUUCCCUGUCAGCUGGUCUGGUGGGUUUAUGAAUUCCCUUUUUUUUUUUUUUUUUUGAAUUCUCAUUCUUAAAAGACAUUGUUCAUAAAUUCUAGAAUUUUAGAUGAGGACUGUUCUACUGUGAAUAAAAUUCUGGCUGUGUUAGCCCAGCCGUUGCUUUUCUCCACUCAGGUCUAGAAUCCCAAGCAGUGUUCUUUCAUUGUGAACAUUGUGAGCUGCAGACGCAGCUUUUCUUUAGAAGGUCAUCUCUUCAGCAAUCCAGGGAUUCCUUGACCUCAUUAUUCUUUCCUGCCUCCCGUCUAGCCUUAAGUCAAGACAUUAGACCUUUGCGGUGUCAGAGGACUUUGCCUCCGUCAUGGCACCUGCUGUCUGCCUCUGGAAGUUAAACCCUCUCUGGAUCUUGAGAUCCAAGGUGUAAUCUUCUGGAUGGCCGCCCUGACUUCAGCAGUGCUGGUGCUGCUAAGCGUGGACUGAGUGUGUACAAUAUGCAGACGACACACUGCACGGGCCUUGCUUUGUUCACUGGGGCCUGCUCCAGGAACUCUGGAAAACAAGAGCCAGCAUCCUACACUGUCUGUCAUGCUCUGUCAUUUCAGGGUGGGGAAGUGAUAAACUACUUGCCUUCUAGAGCACUUUGUGAAAAAUUUAAAAACGUGCAACUCUAUGAUUGUUCAUUGGUUCCUCCAACGCUGGUCAACAGCCAACACUGCUGGAAUUUCCAGGUCUGCAACGGCCAAGGAUGUCAGAGGCCAAAGGUAAUCGUCACUGCUGUGCAAUCCCUGUGGCAAAGAACAGAGGGUGGUCACCAGCCUUCCUGUCCAGUGGGAUAUGUUUUAGACUGCUGGAGAGGUGGGUAAGCCAAAAAGGAUUCUAGGCCUCCAGUGGGAGGGUGAUUGACGGAGGAUUCAUUUUGCAUUUCUGUGCUAUUGGUCAGCCUAUCUAUCCAUUCAUCAAAAGAUACUGAAAUGCUUGUCCCAGGCCAAAGAGAUUUAUCUUGGGGCAAAAAAAGGAGAACCCAUGUUGGCCUCAAUGACCCCCUGUAUUUCAGCUCAGGCUCCCCCAAAACCUCAAAAACCAGGUGUGAGCGCUCCCUUGUUUCAGGCCCUGUGCUGGGCACUGAGAUGCUCAGAGGUCUAGAAAAGGUCCCUACUGCUGUGGCAUCUGUGGUCCAAGGGAGCAGCCAUGUAAGCAGGAUGGCUUUCUUUCAGAGGCUGGAACAAAAGGGGCCAUAGGACCCAGGGAACCUGGUUCUGCUGAGGAUGGGGCCAUGGGAGGCAGAUUUGCUGGGAAUGUGACAGUUGUGUUGGGUUUGGGGCUGUGGAAGGGCCUACUAGGGAGUGAUGGGGAGCUGGGUAGGACCAAAGAGUCAGCUAUGUGUUGGGGUUAUUGACAGGAAACAGUCUUGAGAGCCGAUAAUGACGGCAAGGCGGCUACCCUCCUGCUCCAGACUAUUCUCACGAACGCAGAGGCCGUUGUUUCUGGGGGGAAUUCUAAGUUUCGUUGCUUUCCUGACAGACAAUGCAGAGAUUUCCAGUAAAAUGCUGGUGUCGGAAACAAAAUUCCCAUUCAGCUACACACAUGGGAAUAUUUUCACUUACAGGUGGAACAAAUCCAUCUAAUUAGUAACUGUAAGAUAAAGGUGAGUUUUCCCAAGAGGCUUCUACAAUGUGCUUUCAAGACAUUCUUUCCAAGUAAGUGAUCUUUAUGACUGACAAGAAAUUAAUUCAGUGAGGAUUUAACUAAUGACAAAGUGAGAGUUAAAGUGAGGCUGGCCAUUUGAUAAAAUAGCAUGUCAUGGAUGAUCUGUUCAGAAACCUCAGCACAGGCAGCCUUGGAAAUAAUCAUUUCACCCACAUUUUAUGUUUUGUGGCGAUGUUUGUUAUCUCAGAGAGAACCUUCCUUCCCUGGAGACUUCCUGAUUAAAUGUGUCAGUGGGAGGGGAGCCAGGAGGAGAGAGCAGUGACAUGGGAGGGGACUCCCUGUGAGUGGGCUGAUGGCAUUCCCUAAAUCGAGCAGGGUGGCUGAGACAAGGGUGAAGAGUCUGGCCAGUGGUGGCCAGUAUGUUGUUUUUGGUUUUGUUUUUGCCUGCUUGGAAAAGAGAGAAAUGAUAGGUUUUAGUACAUUGUGUUAACAGAUUACAUAGAAAAUGGUGCCUUCUCUUUAACUUUUAAUUAAAAAAAAU